AUGGCUCUUACAGGUAAAAUGGGAUCCCAUGAAAGAGCUGGUACUGCUCAAUAUGAAAGAGCGGGGUCAUACAAGAAAUCCAAAAGGCACACUAAAGACAAAAAGUUGAAUUCGAAAUUACAAAGAAUUGACAGACAGUAUAAAGAGGCCAUUCAGUCAGCAGCAGGAACUGACUUAUUAUUACAAGAAGAACAAGGGUUUUUAGAAACAGAAAAUGAUAUGGAAAAAACAUUUAAAUUUAAGCAGGACGAAAUCGCCGAUGCUGUUGAUAGCAGUACUGCCAAUAAAAAGUUUGAGCUAAAGUUGCCAGAAUUUGGACCAUACACAAUCGAUUAUUCUCGUAAUGGACGUGAUUUGUUAUUAGGAGGUAAAAAAGGGCACGUUGCCUCCAUUGAUUGGAGGAAAGGGAAAUUAGGCUGCGAAUUACAUCUCAAUGAAACAGUGCAUGCAGUGAAGUUUUUACACAAUGAUCAGUACUUUGCUGUAGCACAAAAGAAAUAUACUUUCAUUUAUGACAAUCAAGGUACAGAAUUGCAUAGACUUAAACAACACAUAGAGGCAACACUAUUAGAUUUUUUACCCUAUCAUUUUCUUUUGGUUACUGCUGGUCACACAGGGUUCUUGAAAUACCAUGAUGUAUCAACUGGUCAAUUAGUAAGUGAACUCAGAACGAAAUUGGGUCCGACUCAGGCGAUGAAACACAAUCCAUGGAAUGCAGUUACGUGUUUGGGACACGGUAACGGAACUGUAAGCAUGUGGGCCCCAAACAUGCCCGAACCAUUGGUCAAGUUACAAGUUGCAAGGGGACCUAUCCGAGAUUUGGCGAUUGACAGAGAAGGGAAGUAUAUGGCAGUUGCAGCAGCAGACAAAACAUUGAAGAUUUGGGAUAUAAGAAAAUUCAAAGAGGUUGAUAACUAUUACACACAAACACCGGCAUCAAGCUUAGACAUAUCUGACACGGGCUUACUCUCAGUUGGGUGGGGUCCUCAUGUUACCAUCUGGAAAGAUAUUUUAAAAGGAAAACACCAAUCCGAGCCAUACAUGAAUCAUUUGAUACCCGGUUCAAAAAUUGAAAAGACAAAAUUUGUGCCAUUUGAAGAUAUAUUAGGUGUUGGUCAUGAAGAAGGGUUCAAUUCUAUUAUAGUUCCAGGAUCGGGUGAAGCCAAUUACGAUGCUCUUGAAUUGAAUCCUUACGAAUCAGUGAAACAAAGACAACAACAAGAAGUCAGAUCAUUACUUGAUAAAUUGCCAGCAGACGCAAUUGCUCUUGAUCCAAAUGUUAUCGGUACUGUUGACAAACGUGCUAGUACUGUGAGAUUGAAACCGGGUGAAAUCACCGAAUUAACAGAUACGGCACAGCAAUCUAAAGACAAGAUGGAGAUUAAAGCAGAAGUAAAAGGAAAAAAUUCUGCAUUGAGAAGACAUAUGAGAAAAAAGACUCAAAACGUGAUAGAUCAAAGGAAGCUAAGAAUCGAAAAGAAUUUAAAGAUGGAAAAGGAAGCUAGACAGAGAAGGCGUAACUUGGAACAAGGAAUACCCGAGGAGAAAGAUCUCUUGGGUCCGGCUUUAGCUAGAUUCAAAUAG